CGCACGCCCGCCACCGGGCUUCAAGUAUGCGUACCCCUGCGCAGCGGCUCGCUCACGUAAAGCAGCUCGCGGACGAGUGGCCCGCGGCGACCUUCGGCCGGCUCGAGGCCCUGCUCGACGCCCUCCUCGACGAGGCGAGCGCGCACGGAGAAUUGUACUCUAUCGCCCACAUGCUGCGCCGCUUCCACUGGGGCAUCGUCGGCAACGACGCGUGCGUCCUCGCGCCCAAGAAGUACGGCGCAUCGCGGCCGCGUACUGGUGGAGGGGCGGCCCAGGGCAGAGCGUCUCGCAGUGUGGAGGGGCGAGGUGGAGGAGGGCAUGGCGGCCGAGAAGGAUGAGGCGGCGGCGGCCGAGGCGAGGGGUGGGCUCCGCUUCACUGUGGGCGAGCGCGUGGAAGUCACGUACGUGAGGCCGCCGUCGCGACGGUUGGGGCUCGCCGCCGAGAAUAGACGGCGCGCUGAGGAGUGGUCGAGCGGGCGCGUGACGCAGCUCUGGCCGCCCCAGGGCGUCCGCCAGCGGACGCAGCAGGCCUACCAGGUGCUGCUCUCCAACGGCCUGUACUUUUACGUGCAGUCCGAUCGGCCCGGCCGCAUCCGCCGCGACGAGUCGUGGGCGGGCCGCUUCGCGGCGGCGGAAGCCGAGGGGGGGAGCCUCUGCCGCGGCAAGGGCUUUGCCGUGCUCACGGCGCAGGAGGUGGAGGCGCUGCUCUCGGACGACGGGCGGGAGCUGCUGCACGAUGCGGCGGAGGCAUUCGGCUUGCCUCUCGGCGCGGGCUGCAGCGCCUUUGACCUGCUCUGCGGCUGCGUUGUCCGCCGGCGGGCGGCGGUGCUCCUUCCCGACGCGCCCCUCUACGCGCCGGCUCGCAUCGUCAAGGUCCACCCGCCCCUCUACGCGCCCGGGAGCGGGGUCGGCGCGGUCCACCCGCCCGGGAGCGGGGUCGGCGCGCCGGCGCAGCAGUGGCUGCUGGAUCUGACCGCGCUCGUCGAUGGCGCCGAGCGGGACGAGCCACGGACGCCGCUCGGCUACCUCUCCAACUCAACGGGCCGCGUCGGAGACGAGGAGGGGGCGGUCGCGGCCCGCGUCGGCGGUGGAGCUCGGGAGGGCCCUCGCCUUUGGGCUCGGGAGGGCCCGCCUCGCCAAGCUCGUCUGGGCAGCGGCGCGCGACCGUUCCGGCGUCGCCGCCAUCAGCAAGUGGCGCGCGCUCCUGCUCGAGGCGCGCGUGCACGAGCACGAGCCCGCGGCGGGCGAGGGGGCGCUCGCCACCAUCGGCGAGUACAGCCGCCACGCCGCCUUUUACACGCGGCUCAACGACGCGCGGGGCGCUCUGUUUGACUUCUUGAACGAGCCUUCGGAGGACGAGUAUGUCACGCACAUCGCGGCCAUCGGCAGGGCGUUCGACCAGUUCCGCUCGAUUGCUGAGGCAUGGUUCCGCUGGCUGCUCGGCCUCGAGCAGCGGCGAGCGGGGUACCCGGCACUGCGCGAGUUCAUCGCUCACGAGAGUGGGCUGUCGCACAGCGCGCACAUCGCUCGUGACGAGGCGGGCCGCUUCGGCCUUCCCAGGGCGGCGCUCGCCACGCUGCAGGCGCCCGCGCGCGUACUGGUGGAGGAUGGCCUGAUGGCCGACCCGGACGAUCCGACUCGCGAGGCGUGCUCCACCUGCGCGCGAGCUCCGAGCGAGUGCACGAGAUGGGUCCAGCUCAAACCGUGCUCACAUUGGCUGUGCAGCGCGUGCAUCGAGACUUGGGAACGCGCUGUGGAGAGAUCUAGAGACGGCGCCGACGGGGUGCAGCUCGACGACGAGGUAGUGGCGUCUCUGGCGGUAUGCCCGGUGUGCCGUGGGGCGAUCGUCGCUCGGCGCAUUGGGCGUAUGGGCGGGCAGUCCACUGUGGGAGAGGAGAGCGACUCGGGUGAAGAGAUGUAGGGUGAUUCGGCUGUCCCUGUUGGGCGUGACGCGCGCGGACAGAUAGCAGAUUUUAGCGAGCCGGACUCUUUGGGGCGCGUCUGAUAUAACUGCACCCCUCUGGCACACCUGUGUGUGAACCUUGUACGCGGAGAUAUAAAGCC